CUCCUUUGUUCUAAUUUCAUGAGAACGUAAAAGGUGAGAAGUUGAUACUGUGAUAGAAUUGAGGACAAACAUAUUGAAUGCACGUGGUCGUAUUGCACUUGAAGUCGAACCAGCACCUUCUGAAAACGCUGGAUACACACUGUUUUGAAAGCAAAUUCAGACAUUGCUAGAGGCACUUGUUAAACCGCACCAGUUCGGGCUGCAUCAAUGUAAGGAGACCAUUAUAUACAAGGAUAUAAAAUAAUAGAAGGAAAUCACAUUAUCGUGUGAACUUUUUACAGAGAUACUCAAACCACUAAGAUGUUUUAGGCUGAUAGUGACUAAAGUCAAAACUGUAUUUAUAUAAAACUACUUUAAAUAUUUACAAACGGAGUCAUCAUAAACGUUGACCAGAUGCAACAUUUAAAGGAGUGGGUGUUGUCUGUAGUAUGUUCGGGAGGAGGGAUAUACCUCCAGUGAUUCUUCUAUUAUUUGUCAUCAUACUCGUGAUGUGUACCUUGUCUCAAAUAAUAGUUGUGCACCAGACGAAACACAUGCAGAAGUUCCGUUCCGCCCGGGAGAUUCACGCCGAGCUACGGGAGAUGGACAGGAAUCUGCGUCAAAUGAUGAGGCGGCCGGUUCCCAGCCUGGAACAUAAUCGAAAGGUUUUGAUUAAUGAAUUGAAUCAAAUUAAGAUCCGAGACAUUCUUAAACAAGCUGAGGAGAGGAAUGUUAUGGAAAAUAAAUUAGUGCCAAACAAUGUUAUUUAUACGGAUAGAAAUCUAAAAUUAUCUAAAAUGUCAAAACAAGACCCGAAGAGUAAUGUGGUUGAACCAUAUACAGAAAAGAUAAAUAGUCAGAAUAUUUCUGUAUCUAGAAAUAAAGAUGAAAACAAUAAUGUUAAAUUGGUCUUGUCGAGAAUAGCAGAUCAAAGCUCAAUACUCCGAAGUUCUGGCCUUAAAGUCAAUAACAAUUCCCUCGAGCCCCUUACCAGUUCCCAAGGGAAGUCUCAGGCCAAUGAAGAAGUGACAAAUGUCAUCAAUUCUCAACCUGAUAGAUCCAAAGACAUCUCAACUGGAGGAAUCGAUCAUUAUCUCACACCAACACAAUCACUUCAUACUAGUUCACAUCGUAAGAGAAAAAUUACGAAAAGUCGAAUGAGAAAACAAACUGCUCAAACAGAAACGAAUCCCCAUCACCCCAGUUUAAGAACUAUACGCAUAUCUGAUUAUGAUUAUUCAAGUAAAAUCAGGAAGACAGCAUUAGAAACCUCCUCAAUAGUUGUCGAUUAUAAUGCAAAAACAUUUAUGAAUAUCACAAAUGACACUGUAACUGCUCAUCAAGAGGAUACCAAAAUUGACAGGCGGCAGACGACAGACGACCAUCAUAUCAAUGUCAACACUACCAAACCUGACGUCAUUGACCCGAUUAACUACUGCCCCGAGGUGCCACCAAAUUUAGUUGGGCGAGUAUUUCUUGACCUUAACCACACACAUGACUUGACAGGCAGAGAUAUCAUAGACCUGAACCCCGAAGUAAAGUUUGGUGGUCAAUGGCGACCGCAUCAUUGCACUGCACGACAUAGAGUCGCCGUCAUUGUUCCUUAUAGAGACAGGGAGAGCCAUCUAACGGUGCUAUUGUCACAUCUUCAUCCUAUCCUACAGCGGCAAUUGCUCGACUACAGAAUAUAUGUAGUUGAACAGGCUGGUCAGAAAACCUUUAACAAAGCUCAAAUAAUGAACGCCGCAUUUUUGGAGGCGUUGAGGCAGUAUAAUUUCCAAUGUUUUGUCUUCCACGACGUAGAUCUGGUGCCCGAGGAUGAUAGAAAUAUGUACUCAUGUCCCAUACAACCAAGGCACAUGUCAAUGGCUAUUGAUGAGAUGGGUUAUAAGUUAGCGUACGAUGAGUUGGUUGGUGGAGUGUUGAACAUGCGCACUGAGCAUUUCCUGCGAGUCAAUGGUUACUCAAAUCUCUACUGGGGAUGGGGAGCCGAAGAUGAUGAUAUGGCAUAUAGGAUCAUGCACGUGGGAUUAAAAAUCAUCCGUCCUCCUGAGAUGAUUGCAAGAUACAAGAUGAUUCGCCAUACAAAACGAAGCCCAUCUGACUGGAGAAAAAGGACACGACUGCUCUACACUGGAACCCGACGAUACAGGAACGAUGGACUUAAUAAUUUGGAGUAUAAACUCUCCUUCGUAAAGGAGGAACGCUUGUUCACGCAUAUCAUGGUCCAGAUAGGAGAGCCCCCACCAGGGUUUGAUGAUAAUAGUAGAGCUCAUGGGUGACAGGCCACAGAGGAGGGUGUUACAGUAACCAUGCGUAUCAAAGACUCACAAUGCAUCACUGCUCAUAUAUUUGGAAUAUGUUUAUGGGGUCAGCGACGCAAUGCGUUGAAGCGUAGUGUUUCUAAUUCUUGAAAAACUGAAAGACGAACAUGACGAAAAUUAAAAUAUCCCCCGAAUGAACUCUAUCCGGGGAAUACAAUUUGUCGGAUUUAGUUUCAAUGUGAGUUGUAGUUUCAUGCCGUAUGGGCAUAGCACAUCUGCUCGAGAAGGUAUUACCAAUAUGGUCGUGCAAUUCAGAGGUGGCCGCCAUUUUGAAUAGACAUGUUUUGAUAACCACUUUUAUUAGUUAAAAGAGAAUAAGCUGAUUCCCCGAAGCUAGUUAUUAUGCAUAUAGAACCAGUAAUUGCUGAAUUGGGACACUGUAGGUGGCACUAGUGACGAUUUGAUCGAGGUCAUGUACGUUGUUCCGUCCUACCUCUAAUUGAAAACUGGUCAUUUAAACAAUGCAAUGAAUUCAAUCGACAAGAUGCGAUUAGGUAGUAACCAGUUUCACCACCAGGUCAGAUAACAUGGUAGGGUAUAAGAAAGUUUAAACUUGAAUAUUCCUCCGUUUUAGUGGUUUAAUUUUCAUAUAACCCUGGUGUAUCUGAUAGUACAAAUUGAAAUAUAUCCAGUAAAAGAAAAUACAAAUACAAAACUACAAAUUAUAAACUAUCUGUCCAAUACAAGAUACAAUUUUUCGCUUUUUCCCCGAACUAGAAGUCGCAUUUUCAGAGAAAAUUAAAUUUUCAAAGUUGAUAAACACUUUUAAAACCACAUUUCUUGAU